CAGCAACUGGAGCUGUGCUUGUGUGUGUGUGUGAGUGUGUGGGUGUGUGUGGCAAGCAGACAGCAACCCUCCUCUCUUUCUGAACUGAAGACAGGCUGAGCCGGAGGGGAGAUUUGCAACUCAAAAAUGCAGCCGCAGCCCCAACAGCGUCGCAAACUUGCAGCUGUCUUCUUGGCCUUCGUUUUCAUUCUGGCAGCUGUGGGAACUACUGAAGCUGGCAAAAAGGAGAAGCCAGAGAAAAAGGCGAAGAAGUCGGACUGCGGGGAAUGGCAGUGGAGCGUGUGUGUGCCGACCAGCGGGGAUUGUGGGCUGGGCACCAGGGAGGGCACCCGGGCCGGGGCCGAGUGCAAGCAAACCAUGAAGACCCAGAGGUGUAAGAUCCCCUGCAACUGGAAGAAGCAGUUUGGAGCAGAGUGCAAAUACCAGUUCCAGGCCUGGGGGGAGUGUGACCUGAACACAGCCCUGAAGACCCGGACUGGAAGCCUGAAGAGAGCGCUUCACAACGCGGACUGCCAGAAGACCGUCACCAUCUCCAAGCCCUGUGGAAAGCUCACCAAACCAAAACUUCAAGAAUCCAAGAAGAAGAAAAAGGAAGGCAAGAAACAGGAGAAGAUGCUGGACUAGCGAGCCGACGUGAUGUGAGGGGGACCGUCAGGAACCAGAUCGGUUAACAAUGUUAUUCACGUCUACUGUAGGGAUUUAUCCAAAAGUUAUUUAUAGCUUAAUUACACAAUAGGAAGAAAGGAAAAAAAAAAGAACCUUUUUUUAAGUAGUAUUUUAAAAUGUGUAACCAUAACUCCUUUUGUAGAGGCCUGCAAUAAAGGACUGUAUUUCCAUUUAGAAA